AUGCGUCUCCCAGUGCUUCUCUGUAUGUUGGCGUGUCUGUGCGCAGCACCGGGCCCGGUGGCCGCGGCGGACAGAAGCUGCACCGACCUGCGGCAGUUCUACACCGGGAAAGGAUUCACUCUAGCAGGGGUACCCCUGACAGAGAUCUCCGGUGAACAUCUGAGGGUGUGUCCUCAGGGUCCAACCUGUUGUACAAGUACCAUGGAGGAGAACCUUGGCGGUCUGAGCUCCCGCGAGACAGAGGGACUGAUCAGAGAGGCCGGCAGGUCGCUGCAGGCUGCCUUCAAUGCUCUCCACAGGAGCUUUGACACCUUUUUCACUGAGCUGCACGGUAAUUCUGAGCGCUCUCUCCAAGAGGUGCUGUCUCCACUCGGCCCUCUGUAUUCCCAGAACACUCGUCUCUAUGGGGAUCUCUACACCGACUUGCGGCAGUACUACCGAGGCUCUGCUCUAAACCUGGACGAGACCCUGUCUGAGUUCUGGUCCCGCCUCUUGGAGCGCACCUUUAAAAUCUCCACUCCAACCGAUGUCAACAUGUCAGAUGACUACCUUGAAUGUGUUGCUAAGCAACAGGAGACGCUGCGGCCAUUUGGAGAUGUCCCCCGGGACAUGAAGGCGAAGGUGAUCCGAGCUUUUGUCACAGCCAGAUCGUUUGUCCAGGGGCUGAUAGUCAGUGGAGAGGUGGUCAGGAAGGUCUCACAGGUUUCUCUAAGUCCAGAGUGUAUGAAGGCCCUGAUGAAGCUGGUUUACUGCCCACACUGUCGCGGCAUGGCCUCCGUCAAACCCUGCUCCAACUACUGUUCCAACGUCAUGAAGGGCUGCCUGGCCAACCAAGCUGACCUGGACCCAGAGUGGCAGAACCUUAUAGACACCAUGAUCCAGGUGGUCUCUAGUUUCAGCACGGAGCCCAGUCUCGAUGUGGUUCUCUCCUCUAUCCCGGCUCGAAUCUAUGAGGCUGUUCACAUCCUACAGGAAAACAUGGACACAUUCACAGCAAAAGUGUACCAGAUGUGUGGAACUCCAGGUGAACCAGGAACAGGAAGUCCCACCCUUCAUGAGCAGAAGAAGAAGAGCGGCUCCCUGACCGCAUCAGAGUACAAACCCUCUCCGACCGCUAGUCUCAGACUGGAGAUGCAGGUGUCAGAUCUGUCCAGUAAGCUGAGGGAGAUGCGGCAGUAUUGGGUGCAGCUCCCUGUGGCAAUUUGCAGCAAAUUGGCAGCAGGAGGCAGUGGUCAGGAUAAAUGCUGGAAUGGCAUUACUAAAGCCAGGUACCUUCCGGAGGUGAUGGGUGACGGCUUGGCCAAUCAGAUCAACAACCCAGAAGUGGAGCUUGAUAUCACAAAGCCAGACAUGACCAUCCGGCAGCAGAUCAUGCAACUCAAAAUCAUGAGCAACAGGCUGAAAAAUGCACUUGAUGGCAAUGAUGUGGACUUUCAAGAUGCAAGUGAUGACAUCAGCGGCUCAGGAAGCGGGAUGUGCGUAGGUGGUCAGUGUCCCCGGAACAGACCAGGAUUGUACGCCUACUCACCAGACAACAACCGAGUCAGAGGCGCAGCCACGUUUCAAACGAGCCUCUGUAGCCUCCUACUUCUGCUCCCAUUGGCCAUCCUACUGCUUCAGCGAUGAUGGACUGCCGCUGUCUCCAAUCAGAUUCUGAAGUCUAGAGCAGGGCUGAACCAUGGGACAGACAAAAAGAGUUUUGGUGGGGGGGAAGAUUGGGACCUUACUUUGCCAAAAAAGACAUUUUGGGGAAUGAAUGGACAACAUUUUCUUUGAUCAAGAGGAGCAAAAGAUUUUAAGUGACAAUAUCCUUCAUUAUGUUUUGCUCGGUUUUAAUAUGUCUUAGUUUGGGUGUGAUUCAGUUUGUUGAGCUGGUUUCAAUGGAUUCUUGUAAUGACGAUGGAAAAAGCCUGAAGAGGUGACGAAGAAGAGAGUGAUGAUUGAUGAUGAUAAAGAUAAUAAAGGGGAUAUUGAUAGUGGUUUAUUGACACUAUCAGGUCCAUUUAGCGCCAGUUUCCAGUCAGCAGGUGGGAGAGCUCAAAUGUUUAGUGCUCUGAUAUGUGGUGCAUUCAACAAGACUUUUUAAUUUUAUUUCAAUUUUUUUAACUCGUGUCGAGGUCGUCUACCAUAAAAAACAUUGUUUAAGUUGUAAAUGUUUGUGUACAUUAGCGAAAAACCUGGCACCAUAUUGAGCCAUUAAUGUACAGUGUAAUACUAUAUUGGCAAUGAAUCCCCCAUAAUCUGUGAUGUCGUCCAGAUGUGUUGGUGUGUGUUGGCAUAAACAGAUACAUUCAGUAGGAUUUGUUUGAAAUAUUGCAGAAAAACGAUCACACUUUUGAAAUGUAUGAGAUGUUCUGAUUGCAAGAUUGUACCUCACUUCACUGUAUACCCAACCAUUUCAAAAGGAAACAACUGCUUUUUUUUAACAACUUUGUAAAGAAAUAAGUAGUCUCAUCAAAGCACAGACAAGCAGUUUCCUUAAGUCCUGUUUCUUCCUGCAAUGAAGACAGAAAACUACACAAUUAUUUUGACACUUCUGGGGAAGACUUGUUGAACGCAUACCUGCAUUAAGUGAGUGACUCAAAUGAAGUCAAGAAUCAACACAGCAGCUGAUAAUAGGUAAAACCAAAGCACUUAUUUCACUGUUUUUUAAAUGAUUUUUUAAAGCAGACAUUGCCCCAACUACGUUGAACAUUUUGACAACUCUUUCAGCAAGUUUUGUAACUGCACAAUGUUAAAAGAAAACAAUGGUAUUCAGUUCACUUCCUUAAAUGUUCUCUUUUUUGUACAUACAGUACAGGAUAUUUGCAGAAUAUUGACAACAUCAGUGACAAAUCAUUUACUCGGCAUGCCUUUCUUUCAGUCAACACUAUUAUACUGGUACAUAUGGGACUCCUGAUUCACAAAUGUCUCUUGCAGAUACACACACUGACACACACUGGGGUUGUGUAUUAAGCUGAUUUUCAUCCAUCAAUGUAUUUAAUCACACAUUUCAUUUAUUAAACUCAAUUUGAUUGUAGCAGUGA